CACUGUCACAUUUUUGUGAAUGAGUUGCUCAGCGAUAGCCGAAGUAACUUCCUAUUUAUAUUUAUUUUUUUUUAAUAACGACGCCGUGAAAAAGAUACGUGCUAGCGCGAUAAAAGAUCGAUAUAAAUUUGAUAAAAGCAAGGGUAUUUACAUAGUAAAGCAACAGAAAGUCAAGUUCAACGAAAGUGAAGAUGUUAACUGAAAUUGCAAAGAAUCCCAAAUCGGAGAAGGUUCUAAUCAGCACAGGCAACAUUUUAAAUGUGGACAAUGGCACGCCAUUACGUACCACUGCCGAAGAAUUGUUGGACAGCUUAAAGCUGUGCAAUGAGUGCCAGGCUGCUGCUGCAGCUGUGGAGGGCAAAGAUGAUCCAUAUUCUCUGGCCGAAAGAGGUGACAACGAAGUUCAGGUCUUGAGGGCACAAAAAGAAUUACAAGAGAAAAUCUUAGAGAAUCAACGCAAUGAAAUAAGUAUUGGGGCAAAACUGUUUAUAAACAAAGCCAGCGGAGUGGGUGUUCAGGAGGCGGUAAAAGCUUUGAUGGCCAUAUUGAAAGUGGACUAUGUGGAUAAUUUGGUUGUGGCCUACCAUCCCCAAGACUCUGUCGCCAUGGAUAUGAAUAGCCUGAAGAAUUUAUGGAAUGUUCUGCAAGAGUUUGCGGAGAAGAAACAAAUCUGUCAACUGGGCAUAGCCGAUUUGGAUAGUGCCACUUUGCAGCAAUUAUGUGCUGAGGCUAGAAUUCAACCCACCAUAGCCCAAAUCAAUCUGGCUAAUUGCUGUGUGGUGCCGCCGGAACUAAAAGAGUAUUGUACACAACACGAUAUACAAUUGCUGACUCAUGGUGACCCUGAAAUUUUAAUAGCCGAUGACGAUUUUAUCAUUCCUCACUACACGGUGGAUUGGUCAAUGCGCUACCAAGUUCAUUUACGCUGUCGUGGCGUACUAACUGCCAGGGGCUACAUAUUGCAGGCCACCAGAAAGUCAGCCACUGCGCUGCACCAAUGAAUAAAGCGUUCCACUUACAACAAAUCCUGGCUUUGUCCAGCUACCAUUCAUCACCCCCUAUAUUGUACGAGAGGAAACCAAAUCUUUUUGUCUAGUUCAAAAGAUAACAAAAUCGUAAGCAAAGCAAACACUGCAUUUUCCCGCUAUGUCUAAACCAAUAGACACUGUGAAUUCCCCCUGAUGAGUAGGAAAAGGCGCUGGCAGGGGAUUUACUUUGUACUGCAUCACCAAUCAACAAAAA